ACAACAUGGACCUUGACUCCUUAAGAAGACACACUGACUUCUCCCAACACAACAGAAGCUCCCAGUGUUGUCAAAGGGAGGACUGUGGCUGCAUUAAAUUACUUCAUUACACUCCCUGAUGAGGAAGACAUUACAAACUUUCAUCUGAACACCUGUAGCCAUGGUGUCAUCUGAGAAUCUGACAACAUAUUUAUUAGAGGUAAUCCUCUCACACCUGACCUUGUUCUGUGCUUUACUUCUGGCUACUCUUGCUUCCAUCCGCUGGUUCAUCAGAGACUCCUAUAGGGUGGACGGCCUUUGGCGGAAGCAUGUGUUGAUCACAGGCUGCGAUAGUGGCUUCGGGAACCUGCUGGCCAGACAGCUGGAUGGAAAAGGUGUCAAUGUCAUCGCUGCGUGUCUCACAGAUAAAGGUGCAACAGAUCUGGCUGCUGCAGCCUCCCCCAGGCUUCAGACCCUCCUGCUGGAUGUUACGGACAGUGGGAGCAUCGGGAGGGCGGUGGAGUUUGUGAGCAGAGAGGUCGGAGAUCGAGGUCUGUGGGGUUUGGUAAAUAAUGCAGGCAGGUCCAUACCCAUCGGCCCCACAGAGUGGAUGCAGAUCGAGGAUUUCACAAAGGUCUUGGAUGUGAAUCUGUUAGGAGUCAUCGAUGUGACCCUCCAGUUCCUGCCCCUGCUGAAAAAGGCUCAGGGCCGGGUGGUGAACAUGGCCAGCAUCCUGGGCAGACUGUCUCUCAUUGGUGGAGGAUACUGUCUGUCCAAAUGGGGAGUGGAGGCCUUCUCUGACUCCCUCAGGAGGGACAUGAAACAGUUUGGGGUCAAAGUGAGCAUCAUCGAGCCUGGUUUCUUUAAGACAGGUAUUACACAGCUGGAUCUUAUUGAAGCUGACCUGAGGAGGCUGUGGGCCCGCCUCUCUCAGGACGUGAAAGACUCCUACGGGGCGACGUACUUUGAUGACUAUUUGAAAUCCCAGGACUUCUCCAUGGGCAUCCUGUGCAGUCCAGACCUCUCUAAGGUGACCCGGUGUAUGCAGCAUGCGCUGACCGCUCGAUUCCCACGCAUACGUUACAGCGCAGGCUGGGAUGCCAAGUUUGUGUGGAUUCCUCUGUCCUACCUGCCUUCAUUUGUGUCCGACUUUGUUGUAAAUGCGCUUCUCCCUUUACCUAAGGAUGAAAGAAAAGUCAAGUAGGCACUGUAGGAGUCUGUAUGAUGUGAUUCAUGACAAUAAAAAGAGUUUCAGACUGCGUUAUAAAACAGGACAUUUAUUCAUUCAUCUUCAGCAGCAGCAAUUUAAAACCAUACGGGCAAGUUGUGGAUGAUCACCGAUACAGUUUUCAUUUGUCCUUAUUAUACAAAAUAAAUCAUUCUGUGAUAAAUUUAUAAAACAUCUGUCUACCUCUGUAUCCUUGGGUCUCGUGGUGCUAAUCAACAUAAACAAAAAAUUCAUUUCCAUGUGACAAACAUGGGCACAUUCAAGUAUUGCUCCAAACCAUUUUGGCCAAUAUCCAAUAUCAUUGCUCAAAUGAUCACGUUGAUUCAAAAGUCACAAAGAGUGAGGAAUAUAGGGUAGAAAUGAUGAGUAUAUUUUAGCCGAUACGUCUGUUUGUACUGGAGCAGAUAUCAAAAAAUGAAUGGCAAAGGUUUUCAAUCCAAUAGUGUUUGUGUUGCCUUAAGUUUCCAGCCCUGAAAUGAGGUAUAUAAACAUCAAAGAUGGAGUAAAUACAUCUUCAGUUUUGUUUCAGUGGCAAUAAAAAUAUAACUAAAUAACCUUUGAUCAUAUCAGAACUGUACAUUGAGAAUGCGGCUCUUUUUUAUGUCGGUUAUUGUGUGUAGGCUCAAUUUCAACGAUAUUUUCUGAGAAAAUCUUACUGUUCAAAUUUACAAAUAUACAACUUAUUAACAUUUCUACCAGCAGCAUCAGUGCAAAGAUAUACAUAUCGUACAUCAGAAUAAAGAAAACAUUAACACACGAAUUGGCAUAAGAAAUAUCAGAAGGCAUUUUUUUCUUCAUUCUAUAGAAAUGUGUUUCUCUCUUCUACAACAAUUUGAGUUUGUAUACAGGCUGCAUAAAAAAAUAAAUUCUGUGCAAAGCA